AUGUGUCUCAUGAAAUCCCCUGUUUUUGUACAGAUUUGUGCAGCCCUGCUGGGCUUAGGCUCAUAUUACGUGGAAACAACAGGGAACAUCUCUUACCCAAAAACUCUACCGUGCGAUGUUAGCGAGGUCGACAAUGGGACUGCGGUGAAAGUGGAUUGCACUGAAAGGUAUCUCAAGGAAGUUCCCAUCGCCAUCCCAGGAGAGACUACCAAUCUGACUCUCACCAUCAACCAUAUUCCAAACUUGAACUCGACCUCCUUUCAGGGUCUUGACAACCUAACAGAAAUUGACAUGAGGUGCAACUGUGUACCCAUCAAAAUCGGCCCAAAGGACAACAUGUGCACAAAGAGUUUGACAAUUAAGGAGGAUACCUUUACUGCACUAAGGAAUUUGCGAGCACUCUAUCUAGAUGGGAAUCAACUUGACAACAUUCCUAGAGGCUUGCCAUCAAAUCUUGUCCUAUUGAGUUUGGAAGUAAAUCAUAUUUUCCACAUUUCUAAGGAAAAUCUUUCUGAGAUCCAACAUGUUCAGGUACUUUACUUGGGACAAAACUGCUAUUAUCGCAACCCCUGUAAUGUUUCUUACUAUAUAGAAGACGGUUCAUUCUCAAAAAUGGAAAACUUAUCAAUAUUGUCUCUUAAGUCAAACAACUUAUCCUUUAUUCCACAUAGAUUGCCUGCAAGUCUAAAAGAGUUAUAUCUAUACAAUAACAACAUUCAAAAGAUCUCUGAUCAGGAUUUUGAAAACUUGACAAACCUUGAGAUUUUAGAUAUUAGUGGAAAUUGUCCACGGUGUUACAACGCCCCUUUUCCAUGCACCCCGUGCCCAAACAACAGUCCACUACAAAUCAGUAAGGGAGCUUUUAAAUUGUUGACAAAACUGAAAACAUUACGUUUGCACAGUAACUCCCUGACAUCCGUGCUGCCUGAAUGGUUUACUAGUACAAAGGAUUUGAGAGUGCUUGACCUCUCAUCAAACUUUUUAGCCAGAGAUAUUGGAUCCACCACCUUUCCUCUGUCCUUGGGCAAGCUAGAAGAAUUGGACCUGUCUUUUAACUACGAGCUCCAGAGGUAUCCUGAAACUCUGAGACUGAGCGACAGUUUUGCCUCCCUCAAGUCUCUCAAAAUUCUCAGGAUAAAAGGCUAUGUGUUUCAGCAACUAAAGCCAGAGAGCAUCGCUCCUUUAAAACCUCUACUAAAUCUAGAGGUUGUAGAUCUUGGCACGAACUUUAUCAAAAUGGCUAACCUCAGCAUUCUGAUGGAGUUAAAAAGCUUUCAAAUAAUCAGCUUAUCUGAUAACAAAAUAUCUUCCCCUUCUGAUUCUCAAAAUGUGUUUAGUUUUAAUGGUGGUGAGCCCAUGCAAUGGUCCCCCAUGUCAGCUGCUGAUCAGUUCAAAAACAAGGAAGUGAGAGAGAUUCAUUACUUCAGAUAUGAUGAAUAUGCUCGCAGCUGUAAAUAUAAAGAUAAGGAACUUGGAAUCGUUACUUUAUUUGUCAAGAAGGAAUGCAGCAAGUUCGGCAAAACAUUAGAUGUGAGCAGAAACAACAUAUUUUUUUUGCAUUCAAGGUUUUUAAAUCUUAAGGAGUUAAGGUGCCUCAAUCUAUCUGGAAAUGCAAUGAGCCAAAGCCUGAAUGGAACUGAGUUUAGCAAUCUGACAAAUUUGCAGUACCUGGACUUCUCAUCAAAUCGGCUGGACCUACUUUACUUCACUGCAUUCAAAGAGCUAAAAAAUCUAGUCAUAUUGGAUAUAAGUAAAAAUAAUCAUUACUUUGAGUCAGAGGGGUUGACUCAUAUGCUCAAUUUUACUAAGAAUUUACCAAAACUCAAAAUACUCUUGAUGAAUCACAAUAAGAUUUCUACUUCCACCAACACAGAAAUGGAAAGUGAAUCUUUAGAGAGGUUAGAGUUCAGAGGAAAUAGGCUGGAUAUGCUAUGGAGAGAUGGAGACACAAGGUACAUCAACUACUUCAAAAAGUUGGUUAAUCUGAGAGUGCUUGACAUCUCUUCAAACAACCUUCGAUCAGUUCAACGAGAAGUCUUCAGAGGAUUGCCAGACAAGCUUUCUGAUCUCUACAUUAAAAAGAACAAAUUGUCCUUUUUUGCAUGGGGGGAACUCCAACUUUUGCACGAUCUAAAAGUAUUAGACCUCAGUGGAAAUUACCUUACCUCUGUGCCAAGAAUGCUGUCAAACUGUACCUCAUCACUUGAGAAACUUAUUUUACAUGACAACAAAAUCAAAAAACUUACACCCAAUUUCCUCCAAGAUGCUUUUAAUUUAAAAUAUCUGGAUCUUAGCUAUAAUCUUAUAAGGUACAUUGAGCAAUCCAGCUUCCAUGAUGAAGUCAUUAAGCAAAUGGACAUGUUGCUUCUGCACAAAAACAAUUAUAUGUGCACAUGUAAUGCCUCGUGGUUCAUCACUUGGCUAAACAAGACUAACGUAACCAUCCCCCGCCUGGGAAUAGAUGUUAGCUGUGCUUCUCCUGGAGUACAGAAAGGUCAUCUUGUGGUCUCAGUGGACCUACAGGCCUGCCAGCACUCCCUCAUGUCAAUCAUCCUUUACACUCUCAUGACCUCCCUACUGCUUGGCUUUCUUACUCUGUCCAUCUCUAGUCAUCUCUUCCUAUGGGAUGUCUGGUACAUUUAUCACUUCUGCAGGGCCAAGCUCAAGGGUUAUUUACGCCUGCAUUCUCAAAGUGAAGUCUACGAUGCCUUUGUGAUGUAUGACAAAAAUGAUCCUGCAGUAUCAGAGUGGGUGAUGAAGGAGAUGUGCCCUCAUUUAGAGGAACACGGAGACCACCGAUUGACCCUGUGUUUGGAGGAGCGAGACUGGGUCCCUGGUUGUCCACUGAUUGACAACCUCUCGCAGAGCAUCCACAAGAGCAAAAGAACUGUAUUCAUUCUGACAAAACAAUAUAUCAAAGAGGGUCAUUUUAGGACAGCAUUCUACAUGGCCCAUCAAAGACUAAUGGAUGAAAAAAAUGAUGUCAUCAUUUUGAUUUUUUUACAAAAGGUGUCUUGCAAUUCAAGGUAUCUCCGCUUACGAAAAAGACUGUACAAGCGGUCUGUGCUCGAGUGGCCAACAAACCCUCAGGCACAACCAUACUUCUGGUUCAGACUCAGGAGUGUAUUAGCUACUGAGAGCCACAAACAUUAUAGUAAUCUCUUCAAAGAAAUUAUUCUUGUAGGUAUCAUUGACAGAUACCUUUUAGAUCUGAAAGAUUUUAAUGUGCUAGAUUUAGAUGCUCAAGGAUUUUGUGUGCGUUGUGGGUUUAAUCUAGCAUGUACAAUGACAGCAAAGUGCUGGAUUCAUCUUUUUCUCAUUGGUCUAUACUGCAAUCUGGAGAUCCAACCUUCUGUCUGCAAAACUCGCUGGAGAGCAAAGUUCCUGUGUGAUGUGAUGGAGCCUAAUAUUUCUUCAGUCCGAUUUGACUGUAGUGCUCGAGCUCUAGAGAAGGUACCUAAAGGGAUAACUAACAAUGUUACUGCCCUUGAUUUAUCGGAAAAUUCCUUGAAGACAAUUAAAGCUGACGCAUUUUCAGGUCUGCUGAAUCUGACUUGGCUUAAUCUCAACUGUGCAAACCUGAAGAAGAAAGUGAUCUUUAAGGCAAAUCUCAAGAGCCUAACAAAACUGCAUGAGUUGAGGUUGGCUGGUAAUGGUUUUGAUGAAAUUCCAAACAACCUCCCUGAAAGUGUGGAAAUCCUUGAGCUGAAAAACAACAACAUCACAUUUCUGAGAGACAGGAGCUUUGCUGGUUUACCAAACCUGAAACAACUCUGGUUAUCUAAUAACUGCUACUACUGGAAUCCAUGUGGAAAAUAUUUUAACAUCUCAGAAAACUGUUUUACCCACAUGUCCAAACUGCAAGAUCUGGAUCUGUCUUAUAACAACUUAAGCCAUGUUCCAAAAGGCCUACCGGAGUCUUUGACAAUGCUUAAUGUGAGUUGUAACAGAAUACAGCACAUAUCAAAGGAAGAAUUGUUUGGUUUAAACCAGUUGAAACUCCUUAAAAUACAAGGAAACUGCCCCAGAUGUGAAAAUGCUCCUUUUCCAUGUAUACCCUGCCCUAAACGUUCACUUCAAAUUGACCCUGAUGCAUUUGAAAAUCUGUCACAACUUGAGGAACUCAACAUGGGAGGAAACUCUCUGGAAUAUCUGAAUCCAUUGUGGUUUAAGAACCUAAGGAAGCUGAAACAUCUGCUCCUUUCAUUUAACUUUUUACUCAGUGAAUUUACUGAAAAGGCUGAAUUCCUGCAAUACCUCCCAAGGCUCAAAGUUAUCGAUAUUUCUUUCAAUUAUGCUUUAAAACAUUAUCCUAAAACCAUUAAUCUUUCAAAUGAGUUUUCAAAACUUCAUUCAUUAAGAACCUUGCAUAUGGAGGGGUUGGUCUUCCAGAACAUUGAACCAGACACACUCAAGAGUCUCUAUGGACUUAAAAAUCUAUCAGCCCUGAAUUUGGGGACUAACUUUAUUAUUUGCUGUAAUUCAACUGUAUUCAGGAAGUUUAAUUUCUUGAAAGUAAUUUACAUGGCAGAAAACAGGCUCAGUCCUACUCCAAAUAUAAAUCCUUCCAGCUCAGAAAAUGGAUACACUCAACAAGCCGAUUUUUCGAUUUCUUCAUUUAUAAAACUUCCGCCUAAAGACCCUGUAUUUGAGUUAUCUCAUGGUCUUAUAAAGCAACAGUGUUUUAAUUCUGGACGAGUUCUAAUUCUUAGUUCAAAUAAUUUGUUCUUCAUUUCUCAAAAGCAGUUUGAAGGUUAUGGGGAUAUCGCCUGUCUGAAUCUAUCAGGGAAUGGAUUCUCUGCAGCACUUAAUGGCACAGAGUUCUCAUUACUGCCUAAUUUGACCUACUUGGACUUGUCCUUCAAUAAAAUCAAUCUAGCUUAUGAUUAUGCUUUUCAGGAACUGAAGAAAUUACAGGUAUUAGACCUCAGUUGGAAUUCCCACUAUUUUAUGGCAUAUGGAAUAACUAAAAAUUUACAUUUCCUAAAAAACCUACCUGUCCUGAGGGUACUUAAUAUGAGCCAUAAUUCAAUUUCAACAUUAACAACCAAACAGAUGCACAGCAGUUCUUUAGCAGAACUACAGUUUACACACAACAAGCUUGGAACUCUUUGGAAAGAAGGAGAGGACUCCUAUAAGACUCUUUUUACCAACCUAAAGAAUUUGACAGUUCUAGAUAUAUCCUGGAACAAUAUUAAACAUAUUCCUCUCGAUGUUUAUGAAAAGCUUCCUCGGAACCUGACAGAACUACGCAUCAGUCACAACAAAAUGACAGAUUUUUUAUGGGACAGUCUAUCUUACUUCCCUCACCUUAGAAUUUUAGACCUGAGCCACAAUUCCUUGUCCAAUAUAGCCGGUGUUAAAAAAGCAACUAGCCUCUCUUUGACUGUUCUUGAUCUGACUAACAAUCUCAUUUUUCACUUGGGAAAGUCAUUCUUCAGUGGCAUUAAAACCCUUGAGACUCUGAGCCUCAGCUCCAACAAACUAAAUAUCAUCAAUCAGUCCACCUUCCAACCAAAACCUGAGAAUCUUAAGACUUUGUUUUUGCAGAGAAACCCAUUUCAAUGUACAUGUGAUUCUUUGGAUUUCAUCGUAUGGAUUGGAAAAAGAGAGGUAAAGAUUCCAAGACUGACAACUGAUGUAAGAUGUGAAACACCAGAAAAGGACAGGAACCAACCACUGAUAUACUUUAAUAUUGACCAAUGUGUAAAUGACGAUGAGGCCUUCAGAAUGUACAUUCUCACAACCUUCUUCCUUAUUGUCUUUAUGUUUGUGGCAACAGUUGCUCACAUGUUCUACUGGGAUGCUACCUAUGUCAUGCACUAUAUCAAGGCUAAACUGAAGGGAUACAGAUCAUUGUACUCACAGGAAAAUAUUUAUGAUGUCUUUGUAACCUAUGACACCAAAGAUCCAUGUGUAUCUGAUUGGGUAAUGAUGAAUCUACGAGUGAAAUUAGAAGAGGAGGGAGAGAAACUUCUUCCGUUGUGCUUGGAGGAGAGGGACUGGCUCCCAGGAGUGCCUCUAGUGGAUAACCUAACACAGAGCAUCAGAAAUAGUCGCAAAACAGUGUUUGUCCUGACAAAGGGCUAUGUUAAGACUGGGGUGUUCAAACUGGCAUUGUAUCUGGCCCACCAGAGACUGCUUGAUGAAAAUAUGGAUGUGAUUGUGUUGCUGAUGCUGGAACCUGUCCUGCAGCAUUCUCACUUCCUGCGCCUAAGAAGGAGGCUGUGUGAGAAAAGUGUUGUGGAGUGGCCCAGAACAGCAGCUGCUGAACCUUGGUUCUGGCAAAACCUAAGAAAUGUUUUAAGAGUAGACAAUCGUAUAAUAUACAACAAGGCUUAUACAAAAGUCUUCAGCAUGAAAUAACAAGGAAGACAACACAAGCACAUUGGAAGUGUUUGGGCUAUUAAAGCAAUUUCAUUGCAAUAGCUGUUUUACCAUAGGUAUAAAGGUUAUGGUUCAAACAUAUUCUUUAUGUUUUUGUUAAGCAUUUCAUGGUGAAUGAAGAGCGCUGUAAAAAUAAAACUUCCCUUGUCAAGAUGGUUUAUUGUUAUGAACACACUUCCCUGGUUCCAUUACCAUGGUAUUCUA